UAUAUAUAUAUAUAUAUACGUGCGCAUGCGUCAUUCCUAGCGUUAUUAGCGCCUAGUGGUACUAGAAAUGUAGCAUGCCUCGGUAUAGCGUGAUGUGGAGGGAAUGCGCAUAAGAAGUUUUACAUAUAUGCGUAUAGAUAGGCCUAGAAGCGCGCGCGGUUUUGCUUUCCGUCUAAAUUUAAUCUUUUUCUCGUGUCCUUUUAUCAAUUUUUACUGUGUCGUUUUCGUUACUCCGUAUCCUACACGUGUUGAUAAAAUAUUUCUUUGCAACUCGUGCUCAACAGGCAUUGAUACUGUGCAAUUAAUACCUGUGCAAUUUGGCACUGGAAAACCAAAACCUUUGGAUCUGUAUUUACACGAAUUUUUAUGUGAGCUAAAUGUUCUAUCAACAAAUGGUUUUUUUUAUAAUGGACAACAAAUAAAAAUUAAAUUAAAUGCCUUUAUAUGUGAUGCGCCAGCUCGAGCUUAUUUAAAAUGUUGUACUUCGCAUAAUGGCAAGUAUGGUUGUGAAAAGUGCUCCGUUGAAGGAGUUAGUAUCUCACAUCGAAUGAUAUACAAAAAUAUUUUUGCUUUACGAAGAACUGAUCAAUCAUUCUAUAAUCAAAUUGAUGAAGAUCAUCAUAAAGGCAUUUCUCCUUUAGUAAAUUACAAUAUUGGUGCAGUAACUCAAUUUCCUUUGGAUGCUAUGCAUCUUUUGUGUCUAGGAGUAAUGAAAACUUUAUUGUUUCGCUGGGUUGUCAAUGGAAAACCACCUUAUAAACUUUCCUUUCAUUCAAUUCAGAACUUUACGAGAAAAAUGUUGUUCUUAAGACCAUUUAUUCCGAAUGAUUUUGCAAGAAAAACAAGAUCUUUAACAGAAUUAAGCAGAUGGAAGGCCACUGAAUAUAGGCUUUUUCUUUUAUAUGUUGGACCUGUAGUUUUAAAAGACAUUUUAGAUAAUGCAAUUUAUAAGCAUUUUAUGCUUUUACAUUGUGCAGUAUUUAUUUUAUCUAGUGCUGAACUCGUUAGAUAUAUAGAUUAUGCUGAAGAACUUUUAAAAAAUUUUAUCUUGCAUGCUGAACAUAUUUAUGGAAAUCAAAUUCUAGUUUAUAAUUUUCAUAAUCUCAUUCAUAUUUGUGAUGAUAUUAGAAAGUUUGGUUUGUUAUGGGAUUAUUCUAGUUUUCCCUUUGAAAAUUUUUUGGGCAAAUUAAAAAAAUUGAUUCGAGGUCCAUCUAAUCCUCAUCAACAAAUUUGUUUACGCAUUAAUGAGUUGAAUAUGCUUAAAUUAUCUAUUAAAGAAGAUAGUGUGCGGAUGGUACAUUCUCACAUUAACGGUCCUAUACCAAGAGAAUAUAGAUAUACAAAACAAUUUCGUAAAAUAAUCACACCCUCGUAUACUUUAUCAAUAUCAGACAAUAACAGUCAUAUAGAACUAGAUAACGGGACUAUUGCUAUAGUUAAAAAUAUUUUAUUUGAUGAAGUCCAUACGAAGCAUUAUGUAGUUGUCAAUGAAUAUAAAGAGAUAAAAGACUUUUACAACUAUCCAUGUAAUUCAUCUAUCCUUCAUACUUUUAAAGUUUCUAAUUUAAACCCAACACUUCAUACAUAUGAUUUAAAAAACGUGAAAAGAAAAUUAGUUGCUUUACCAGAUAAUCAAUCUGAAAUUGAUACAUAUAUUAUAUUUCCAUUAUUACAUCUUGAUAAUAAAUAAAGUUUUUAAAAUUAGAUUUUUUGGAUUUAUACAUAAUUACUUUUGUUUUAUAUCUGUAAUCGAAUUAUUAUCUAAAAAUGUAUAAAAUUGUUUAGUUGAGCAUUAAAUAUAUGUUGAGCAAUAAUAAGUUGCGUAUAAAAUUUUCACUAGCGGUGUUUAUUAUGAAUUCUUAAUAUUAUUAAUAUAAAGAAAGUUUAAAAUAUUGGAAUUAAGUGAUCAACUUGCUUUAAUUAAGUUUUAUUUAUUAAAUUUUAAGAAAAAUAUCAAAAGUAAUUAUUUUUUACAUUUAAUUAAUAAAACAUUUAAUGUGGAUUUAAUAUAAUCGUUUUUAUAUAUAUUUGUAUGAUUAUAAU